AUGAGCAGUACCUUCGAUGACCAUACACAGGGGACGGACGUGUUGAAUCUGUUCCCAGACCGGGUGAAGCACAAAACAUUUUUAAUAUCCGGCCUCAGACGAGGUGAUCUCGCCGCAAUGACCGCAGACGUCCUCGCGCACGGCGGCGCAGGGACCAUCAUAUACACAGGCCGCUCAAAGCACGAACUCCAGCCUGUGAUCGACCAUAUCAAUCGGAAAUACAAAACAGUCAAAAUGGUCUUUGUAACUGCAGACUCCGGCAGCCUGACUUCGUUCCGCGAGGCAGCGCACACUAUCAAGAAGCUGGGCGUGUCGAUUGAUGGCUUCGUUGGGUUCCCCGAGGUCAUGGCUGUACCGUGGUCGCUCACGGAGGACGGAUUCGAGUCGCAUUUCCAAAGGAAUUACCUGUGUUAUUUCCUGCUGCUGAAUCUGCUGCGUGAUGUUAUGGGGCCCAGGUCGAGGGCUGUUCUGGUUACGUCUAGUUUGCGGAAUGAGGCGCCUGCGCCUACGUGGGAUGAUUUGGGGUUCGAGAAUGGAGAAAAUUACCAUUGUCUCGAUGGGUAUUCGCAGUCGAUGCUCGCGAUCAUCUUGUUUAUCAAGUCUUUUGCAAAGAAGCAUAGUGGAUCUAUCGCUGCCUUUUCUGCAAAUCCAGGAAAUACCAAAACCAAUGUCCAAACAUAUGUUGGAUGGGAGGAGGUCAAAUCCUGGCUGCAGCGGAAGAAAGAAGCCGGCGAAGACCUACCGGUUCUUUUGCAACAAGCGCCGAAGUCCCUUUGUCAGGGUAGUGGCGCUGUCUUGCGCGGGUUGCUCGAUCCGGAGCUUGAAGCCCAAUCUGGAGCCUUUCUCGAUCAUUGCCAGACCCCAAAACUACCCCAUCUCGACUUCCCAGCAGGCGAAGAGAGUGCAGAGGCGUUAUGGAAACGAAGUCAAAAAUUAGUUGAACCGUUUCUUUCCUGA